GCCCGACGAUGAUAAUCUCGUGAGGGUACUUAAGCUGGUCCUUAUUGUUGUUGCGGCCUUCCAUCGUCCUACGUUGCUCUUCACUAUAGGCACACUGAGCCGCGAACGCUGGUGCAAUGUUGCAGAGGAAGCGAGCAGUCAUUACUGGAGUAUCGGGCCAGCUCGGCCUCAUUCUGGCCGAGUUCUUGUUGGCAAAAGGAUAUGAAGUUCAUGGACUCGUUCGUGACCUGAACACGAUGCAAUUAUCUGGGAGUCUUUCGCAAGUUGUACUGCACGUUGGAGAUAUGCUUGACGCCAAUAGCAUCGACAAGAUCAUUCGAGAAGUGCGACCUCAAGAGGUCUAUAACCUCGCCGCACAAUCCGGUGUGUUCGCCUCAUGGAACGAAGCCCAAGCGACGCUCGACAGCAACUCACUGGGCGUCGUGCGCAUCCUGGAUGCUAUCCGGGCGACGGGAGACGCAGCUCAGUGCCGACUGCUCAACGCAGGGUCAUCCGAGAUGUUUGGGUCAGCUGAGCAUCUGCCGAUCGAUGAGCAGACCCCGAUACGCCCGCGCACACCGUACGGAACAUCGAAAGCCUCAGCGUACUGGAUCCUUCAGAACUAUCGUACCAUGUACGACAUGUAUGCAGUCACAGCAAUUCUAUUCAAUCAAGAGUCCGAUCGAAGACGUCCCAAUUCUACUACCCGCAAGCUGACGACAGCUGUUAGUCGAAUAGUCUUGGGAAAAGAACCGUUCCUAGCUGUAGGGGACCUACACCUGACACGAGACUGGGGUCAUGCAGAGGAUGCUAUCGAGGUCAUGUGGCUGGCAUUGCAAGCAGAGGUUCCGGACGACUACAUAGUCGCUAGUGGUGAAGGACACACUAUGAGAGAUCUUCUUGAGACAGCUUUCGCGACUCUUGGGAUUCACGUCGAGUGGACAGGCUCCGGGGUUGAGGAGAGAGGUCUGAAUGCCGCAACCGGCGCCGUUAUCGUCCGAAUAGAUGCAAAAGCCUAUGCUGGUCGCCAUCGGUCGAACUAUCAAAUCGGCAAUCCUUCUAGAGCCCGAACAAAGCUCGGGUGGCAUCGCCGGAGAUCCUUCAAAGAUACGAUUGAAGAGAUAACACGAGCAGUUCACUCUCAAGAGUCGUCUUCUAGCUGAUGGAUGUAGAAGGCCCUAGAUAUUCGUACAUUCCUGCCCCUUUUGUCCCAGUGUACUGCAAUUUCCUUAAGUAAUGUUGCACCUUUACGCCAUCGUUAAUACCCGACAGCGAAGCAAAGAAUGCUUGACAAGUCAACGCAGAACGCAAGGUUGAUUUCUGAUGCUAGGACAGCCAAAGUAGAGCACGAAUUCAGCCCGCGCGGAGCUCGACACAGGAUGGCGAGGCUUGGAGGCACAAUCAACUCCCCGUUAAACGCGGUAGAAAGUAUUUCAAGAUCCUGACAAAGCUGAAUAUCCUCUACACAGGUCGUCAGUUGUGAUGGAAGGGUUACAGGCAUGUGUGGGAGCAAAAUAUGGACUUUAUGCCCAUUCAUCUACUGUAGCUUACACGGUCUAACGUUCCUAUCGGAAGCAAAACCGCGUUAACGACUACACCAUAAUCAUAACUCAUGUGAUACGUCGCAAU